AUUAUACCUGAAGUCACAGUUCAAAAGUCUCUACUGUGGUUAGUUCACGAGUUCCUGAGAAGCUGUGUUUCUCAACUGAAGGGCUGGAAGAGAAAGAAAAGACAUUAUGGAUAACGUUCACCUGAGUGUCACAGCUGUGCUGCUCCUUUACUUUAAUCACCCUCGAUCAGUGGGAACCAAGCAGCUUCUUAAUACACAUCGCCAUACAGACUGCUGGUGGGAUGAGAAGUUCGUAGUGAAUUGCUCUUUCAUGGGACUAGGUGCUAUUCCAGAAGAUAUAUCACUAACAGCAGUAACAGUCGAUCUAAGUUACAAUAACAUCAAAACCUUCCUGUGCACCACUGGGAGAAAUGAAGACUGGAUGCUGAAACAUCUGAACCUCAGUAACAACCUCAUUUCUGACAUCUCCGUAACUGCUUUUAGAAAUUUACCAAUUUUGGAAACUCUAAACCUCAAUGGUAACUCUAUCAGCACCCUCACACUGCACCCACCUACACCUGCACAUGGGUCUAAAACACUGGGAGAAAUCCACCAUUUCCUGCCUGCCUUGAAAGUACUGUCAGCUGGAAGGAAUAACCUCCAUGCAGUUCCAACAGGGCUAGGACUGCUGCAGUCUUUACAAACUGUCCAUUUGUCAUUCAAUGGCAUACUACAGAUUGACCUGAAUGAUUUUCACAACUGUUCGCAGCUGAAAAAUAUCUACCUGCAAAACAACAAGAUAGCAAACAUUCAUCCUGACGCCUUCAAGGGUCUCAACAAACUACAGGUCGUGGAUCUCCGUGAAAACCCUCUGACAACCAUUCUACCUCACCUAUUAAUCAAUUUGAACAUCUUUCAACUCAAAGUGGAUUUGUUCAACAAUUCCUGGAUAUGUAACUGCAGACUUCAUGCUUUGAAACAUCUACUCCGUUUUUUUUCUGCCUCCACGAGAGAAAAGCUGAUUGCAUCUUGCAGUAAAACUGCCACCAGCUCACAGAAGCCUCUGCUGUACCUUUCAAGUUUCCACCUGAACUGCAGUGACAGUGUUUUGUCCAGGACAGCUGUGGUCCCACCGAGGGAGACAUCAGUGCUGCACUGCAGCGUGGGUAACGCACUGGGUAAUGGAGUCUCAUGGUGGACACCUAAAGGCAAAAUUUCAAAGGAAAGCAGUCUUCCUCAUCUAUAUAUGUGUACUUUUAAUACAACAAGGAAGAAGUAUCUCAUCUACAAUGUACAGGUAAAAGAAAAGGUUCCAGCACCUCUGGUUAGAAAAACUCGGGCCGCCAAUCCAGGUGUUAGAGCAGGAGGAACACAGCAGGACCUGACGCUGGCCGUAUGCCUCUCGGUGUUCAUUACAUUUCUCUGUGCCUUCUGCCUGGGCGUCCUGGCCAGGCCCUGCCUCACACGCUUGUGGAUGCGCAUGUGCAGGAACAAAGCCCCGGCUCCAGAGCACAUCCAUGCUAACCAUGCCUUUUCAGAUGAAACCCCAAGCAGAGAGCACUCUGUGAGCAACCCAAUGAACACACAGCAUAAUGAGUUUGUUUUUUAUGAGAAUUCUUCAAGAAGCACUCAUGCUUCUCCUACAGGAACUGCUCGGUUGUAUGAAAAUGUCAUUGAUGGCACUGGACGCACACCAAGUACUGAGGAGUUCCCAAAAGAAAGCAAUAAUGAGAUUAACAUAAAAAAAAAUAGCGUGUCUUUCAACACCAAAACUAAUAGCAGUGAUGCCAUGUACGUAAACACUGGACAGCUUACUGCAAGGAUGGAUUACGAGAACAGCAGUGAAGUAACACCAGGGAAAUUAAUGGGGAACAGCUUGUCAACAUGGAAAGACCCAAAGUAUGCAAACAGCACAGACUCAGAGCAGAGCAGAGUCCCUCCCAUGCCCAGCAGACACAACAGUGGCUCUCACUCAGUUCACACGGAUCCUGCAGACACAGAUUUACCCUGCACAGGAGAUGCUGGCUUCCCACUUCCCACAGUACAACCCCAAACCAGUGUGCAAUAUUCCAGAGACAAUGAGGUGGGCAACAGAUCUGGUCAGCAGCAGUCAGAGGCAACACCUGAAUACAAAGGGAAUAUUUUACAUCAUGAACCUAUAAGCUCUACAAAAUUUAUGCUUGGGAGGCAAAGCUAUGAUAGAGAAUUUGGUCUAAAUAGCAACGUAAAUAUGAACAGUGACGUGGGAAAUCUUAUUCUACCCAGUAGCUCUAAGAGAGAUGCAAAUAUUGAGAACUUAAGCAUUCACCAAAAACCUGAAAACACUCCUCAUACAGAGCACAGCUGUAAAAGAGAUUGUAGAAAUGAGCAAGGUAAUUUUGCAGAUUUCUUUGGUGACAGUUCUUCAGAUGAAGGGACUCUGUUCACGAUGAGUGACUGCAGCUCCUUAGAUGACUUUGACCUGGAACAAAUCAGCGUUAGCAGCAACUUGCCAGCUCCUCUGUCAUCACUGGAGAAAGCUGACGCAAAUGGAAUUGGUAAUUUCUCAGCACCGCUAGAAUCCCUGAGCAUUGCUGCAGAACUUCGGCAUAUUGGAAAAAAUGGAGAUAAGCACAAUGCAUAUUUUGGAACCACUACAGAUUACGGGUCAGAUACCAUCAUACCUGAAGCAGCAUCAGCUCACACUGCCAAAUGCAGUGAUCAUGUAAGCACAUCAGGUUCAGACUCAAUUAAUUCAAGUCCAGAAGUUCCUGAUGCAUUUGGCUAUUUUACCAAGGAGUCAAUAGCACAAAACUCAAUUUCUGAUUCUCCCUACAAGCACAACACAGACUUCAGCAACACACCACUUUCAUUAAAACAUUCUCCUACAUAUGCAACAGAUACCGAAAAUACUCCUGAAGAUGCUGAGCUGCAGCCACACCAGUUUUCCUUUCAACCACAGCACCUCCUCAGACACAGUCCCACAGAGCAGAAGGAACACGCACCAGAGGUAAGCACAGAGCAGCUCACAGAUGAGAGCUCCUCUGAAAGCGACCGUUGGGAAGGGGACGCUGCUCUGAGAUGGAACAUGAAUACAUCUGAGAACAAUCAUUUUGUUCGUACUCCUCUCGAUACUGGUUUGAAUGCAACUGUUAGCAAAGCACCUCUCCCACAUGCCAGCACAGCCAGCAACAAGUCACCUCAUCCAUCCCUAUCUGAAAACACAACUGAAAAACCUUCUACGGUUAUUAUGGAGAAAAAGUCAUUACCACAGGGUGAGCACAUUAAUUCAGCUAGAACUCACGAAGAUAAAACACAAAGAGGUUUCAGUGAAGAAUGUGAUGAAUACAGGGAAUUACAGGGCAGCAACAACUGUAGCUCUUCUGAUGAAAUGCAAUCCUGCAGUGUUAUGACAAAAUUGCACCUUGAAUCUCCAGGGAAAACACAGUCAGUCUUCAACAUAGACAAUUAUUUCCAGUUGGAUCCAAGUGAAGAGAAUGUGUAUUCCUCACUAGUCCCACUCAGCUCCCUGAGCAGAAGCACACAGCACAGCUCAGGUCCGUUCCCACAAGAGACUGCAGGAAACAAAACCUGCCCAACAACUGAUCCCAGUGAGCUGGAGGGUGACACCUCUUUGACAGCACCAGAGAGCAGUUCUACAACAGCUGCCAGCCUCCCAGAUUCCAGUGGAAAAUGCUGUCAAAAAGCUCAGACCAGUUUAGGACAGCGCCAGCUUUUCAUUAAGAAGAAAAGAGCAUUUGAUGGAUUUGCUAAUAUUUUGGAAAGUAGGAAAGCAGACUCCGAUGGUUGAGACACAGCAGUGCAUUGCUAUCCUCCUACAGGUGCAAAGUGACUGCGUCUUAGAAUGAAGUUACUGGGUUUUUUGCUUAUUUUUGCUUAGUACAGCUAGCUGCCUUGAGCUUCAGAAAUGCAGGUUAUGGAACUAGACCUGCCCUGCGUGAUGUGUAAAGCAUGGAUUCAUCUAAUUCAGAAAAAAACUUACUCCAAAGGGCAACUCAGGCUGACAAAGAUAUUUGUGUACAUACAAGUCAGAUACAAUAAACUUGUACUUGCAACUCUAUGAUACCUGAAUGAGCAAACUCCUCAGUAGUUAUGUUUGCUAACAAACCUUUAACUGAGGUCUAGUAAUACACUUGCUUACUGUUGGUACUGAAAUAUUAGUUUCCUUUGCAAAUUCUAACAUGCACAGUUAUAUUUGUCAAAAAUAAAUGUAACACUGAAA